GGGGCUGGCGCUAUACGCGGAGAGGGCCGGGCUCGCGCCCCCGCCGGCUUCCGACCAGGAACGCGGCGGGCUGAGCUCGCCGGCACAGGGCCUCCGGCGCUCGGGAGCGGCCCCGUUUGUGGAAGCACUUGCAGUGUGGGGCCUGGCGCCCAGAGGAGUUGGGGCAGCCGCAGCGACCGCGCUGGAGCCCCGGCCCGUUGCCUUUGCCUCCGCCUGCGUCCCCACACUCAGAGGUUAUCUUGGAACAUCUAAGACUCUAAAAAUGUUUCCCUUGAAGGAUGCCGAAAUGGGUGCCUUUACCUUUUUUGCCUCAGCUCUGCCACAUGAUGUUUGUGGAAGCAACGGGCUUCCUCUUACGCCAAAUUCCAUCAAAAUUUUAGGGCGCUUUCAAAUCCUUAAGACCAUCACACAUCCCAGACUGUGCCAGUACGUGGAUAUUUCUAGGGGAAAGCAUGAGAGACUGGUGGUGGUGGCUGAGCACUGUGAACGGAGUCUAGAAGACUUGCUUCGAGAAAGGAAACCCGUGAGCUAUUCAAAGGUUUUGUGUAUAGCGUUUGAGGUACUUCAGGGCUUGCAGUAUAUGAACAAACAUGGUAUAGUGCACCGGGCACUGUCUCCUCAUAAUAUCCUUUUGGACCUAAAGGGACAUGUUAAAUUGGCUAAAUUUGGACUUUAUCAUAUGACAGCUCAUGGUGAUGAUGUUGAUUUCCCAAUUGGGUAUCCGUCGUACUUGGCGCCUGAGGUAAUUGCACAAGGGAUUUCCAAAACGACUGAUCAUGUGCCAAAUGGAAAACCGUUGCCUUCUGGCCCCAAAUCAGAUGUAUGGUCUCUUGGAAUCAUUUUAUUUGAGCUUUGCAUGGGAAGAAAGUUAUUUCAGAGCUUGGAUAUUUCUGAAAGACUAAAAUUUUUGCUUACAUUGGACUGCGUGGAUGACACUGUAAUAGUUCUGGCUGAAGAGCACGGUUGUCUGGACGUUGUAAAGGAGCUUCCUGAAAAUGUGAUGGGUCUUUUGAAGAGGUGCCUCACCUUUCACCCUUCCAACAGGCCAACCCCAAGUGAAUUAAUGCAGGACAAGGUGUUCAGUGAAGUGUCACCUUCAUACACCCCCUUUACCAAACCUGCCAGUCUGUUUUCAUCUUCUCUGAGAUGUGCUGAUUUAACUCUGCCUGAGGAUAUCAGUCAGCUGUGUCAAGACAUAAACAGUGAUUACCUGGCAGAAAGAUCUAUUGAAGAAGUGUAUUACCUUUGGUGUUUAGCUGGAGGUGACUUGGAGAAAGAGCUGGUCAACAAGGAGAUCAUUCGAUCCAAGCCGCCUGUCUGCACACUCCCCAAUUUUCUCUUUGAAGAUGGUGAAAGCUUUGGACAAGGUCGAGAUAGAAGCUCAUUAUUAGAUGACACCACUGUGACAUUGUCAUUAUGCCAGCUGAGAAAUAGAUUAAAAGAUGUUGGUGGAGAAGCAUUUUACCCGUUACUUGAAGAUGACCAGUCUAACUUGCCUCAUUCAAACAGCAAUAAUGAGUUGUCUGCAGCUGCCACUCUCCCUUUAAUCAUCCGAGAGAGGGACACAGAGUACCAACUUCACAGAAUUGUUCUCUUUGACAGGCUGCUAAAGGCGUAUCCAUAUAAAAAAAAUCAGAUCUGGAAAGAAGCAAGAGUUGACAUUCCUCCUCUAAUGAGGGGUUUAACCUGGGCUGCUCUUCUGGGAGUUGAGGGGGCUAUUCAUGCGAAGUAUGAUGCAAUUGAUAAAGAUACUCCAAUUCCUACAGAUAGACAAAUUGAAGUGGAUAUUCCUCGUUGUCAUCAGUAUGAUGAACUCUUAUCAUCACCAGAAGGUCAUGCAAAGUUUAGACGUGUACUGAAAGCCUGGGUGGUGUCCCAUCCUGAUCUUGUGUAUUGGCAAGGUCUUGACUCACUUUGUGCUCCAUUCCUAUAUUUAAAUUUCAAUAAUGAAGCCUUGGCUUAUGCGUGUAUGUCUGCCUUUAUCCCCAAAUACCUGUAUAACUUCUUCUUGAAAGACAACUCACAUGUAAUACAAGAGUAUCUGGCUGUGUUCUCUCAGAUGAUUGCGUUCCAUGAUCCAGAGCUGAGCAAUCAUCUCAAUGAGAUUGGGUUUAUUCCGGAUCUGUAUGCCAUCCCUUGGUUUCUCACCAUGUUUACUCAUGUAUUUCCACUGCACAAAAUUUUCCACCUCUGGGAUACCUUACUACUGGGGAAUUCCUCUUUCCCCUUCUGUAUUGGAGUAGCAAUUCUUCAGCAGCUACGGGACCGGCUUUUGGCUAAUGGCUUUAAUGAGUGCAUUCUUCUCUUCUCUGAUUUACCAGAAAUUGACAUUGAACGCUGUGUACGAGAAUCAAUCAAUCUAUUUUGUUGGACUCCUAAAAGUGCUACUUACAGACAGCAUGCUCAGCCUCCAAGGCCGACUUCUGAUGGCAGUGGAGCCAGAAGUUCGACUCCUUAUUUCUCCACUGAGUGUGCAGACCCUCCAAAAACAGAUCUGUCAAGAGAGUCCAUCCCAUUAAAUGACCUGAAGUCUGAAGUAUCCCCACGGAUUUCAGCGGAGGACCUGAUUGACUUGUGCGAGCUCACAGUGACAGGUCACUUCAAAACACCCACCAAGAAGACAAAGCCCAGUAAACCGAAGCUCCUGGUCGUGGACAUCCGGAAUACUGAAGAUUUCGUUCGGGGCCACAUUUCAGGCAGCAUCAACAUCCCGUUCAGCGCUGCUUUCACGGCAGAAGGGGGGCUUGCCCAGGGUCCGCACACCGCCAUGCUGCAGAGCUUCAAGGGGAAGGUCGUCGUCAUCGUGGGGCACGUGGCAAAGCACACAGCAGAGAUCACCAUAGUUCUUCCUGGUGUAUGAAACUAAGACCUGAAAUAAACUUUCUUCCUCUAAGUGCUAUGAAGCUUAAGCCUCUAUUUUCAUAAAGCAUUCACCAUUUGAAAGAUGGUAUCUAGUAAGUAGACCGUGUAUGAUUUAAUCUUGUUAAAUAUCCCAAAUGUUUCCAAACAUUCUGCUUAUUGUAUUAAUCUCCAGACUUAUAUUUAUUCUAAUUUUACCAUAAAGGUCAAAAUAUAUGUAUAAAUAGGUAGAUAACUUAUUUAUUUCGUUAAAUAACCAAUUAUAAAGCGUUUGUCAUCUGUUAUAUGCAAGACACUGUGUAAAAUGCUAUAGUCUAUCACAGUGUGAAUAAAUUUAAAAGUUCAAAAUAUGAAGGAAAUCUGGAGGCAUAACCAUUCAGAUGAAAUAAUAACAUAUAAUAAUAGUGAUAAAUAAAGGGCCAUCACAUUCUGAAUAAAUUAGUCAGCAUCUUGCUUAUCAAAAACCAGAUGCUAUCAUGAACUGUUCCUUCUCCAAACUCCCAUGAUCAUUCGUACUUGUGGGCAACAGUGACUGAACAAGUUGUAUCCUCAGCCAUUAAUGCUUCAGUCUGUAUCAGGAAAUAAUUUUUGAGAAACGGUUUUAAAUAUUUCUGUAGAGAUGUCUCUUUACCUCUCAUCAUGAGGCUAAAGAGAACUUUGAAUAUUUAUUUGCUUGUACUGUUGCAUCAUCUUUUUGUCUGCUGUAUAAACCUGGAUGGCUUUACUAAUGCCUCCCUCCCUCUAACUUGGAAGCUUCUCAAUUUAAAGCGUAUUUCCUGCGAUUCUACUAUGUAUCCAUGGUUGUGCUGGAUCUCUUCCAUUCACCCCACCUCCCUCCAGAUCCAUCCUCCACACUUCUUCACCCUGCUCUCUGCCCCAGGAGGCUGACUUCCACGUCUUCUGGCUUCCACUUGGGGAGCUGGUGGGGAACUCUGAGAAGUUACGGGAGGGAGGGAGGUCAGGAUAUUAUCUCCCUGGAUUCCGCCCUCAGAAACUGUCUCAGGGUGGCCGUGUCCCUCUAUGAAGGGUGACCUUUCUGUCUAGGAAGCUUCUCUGCACUCCUCUCUUUCCAGUCCCGUCCCUCUGGCGCCAGGGCCAAAACAGCUUUGCUUUUAAUUCAUACGCCAGGGUUACUGCACUAUCCCCUACAGUUCUUUACAUCCCACCCACACCUUUCUGGUUAACCUCCUUAUAAGUAAACCCUUCUCAGUUAUCCUAAAGGCUUCUUGGAACCCUGACUGUUACAAGGAUACUAUUUAAAUGCACAGUUUUUCAGAAAGCCUAGGUUAGCUUCUCUGUUCUAUUUCUUCCUAGCUGUUAAUUUGGGCAAGUUAUUUAAUCUCUCUAAGUAACAGUUUGUUCAUUUAUAAAAUGGGGAACAUAAUACCUACCUCAUGGCAUUGUUGUGAAGAUUUCAGAUAAGGCAUAUCAAGUUCAGUGCAGAGCCCAAUAGUAGUAAGCACUCAGUUAACUUCAGUACUGUCAUUUGGAUCGAUGUGAAUUUAAUAAGCACUAUUUUAGGUAUGAUGAUAGUAUAAAGAUUCUAGCCUUUGGGAGAAUCAGGAGAAUGACAGAGCA